AUGGACGACACUUCCAUCUCCACCGAUUCACCUAGUGGUGCCAGAUCAUCACGCACACAGCUGAAAUGGACAAACGAUAUGGAGGUAGCCUUCAUUGCUACCAUGAAAAGCAUGCAGAGCCCUCCCACCAAGAAUGUACCUUCGGGCUUCACAAAAGACGCCUAUAAACGCGUCGCCGAGAUUAUCAAAGACAAGUCAUCGCAACCAGAUCUCUGUGAUGAUGUGCGUAUGAAGAACAAGCUCGGUGCCUUGAGGAAUGACUGGCGCACCUAUGUGAAUCUACUAACCAUGCAAUGGCCACGUUUACCCAAUGGUCUGCCUACAAACACCGACGACGUCCUGGAAAACUACUACAAAGACCAGGAUCCCAAUGCCAGAAAAUUCAGGGCUGCUCCCUUGAGGCACUUUGUUGAGUUGAAUCUUCUCUUCGAUCCCGAAGGAGAGCAGCCCUUGGCCUCGCCAUCAUCAUCUCGUCCUGUGCCAGUGUCUGGUGACCUUCGCCAAUCACUUCCACUGCCACAUUCCCCCUACGAGACUGUGGAUUAUCAAGCUCCAUCGUCUACACAAGUCCAUGAUCUACAAGACACUAUGACAAACGGCACGCACAAUCCUUACACUCCUCACUCUGGCCCUGCCUCCCAUCUAUCCGCAAAACGACCAGCCGAAACCUCCAUCUCCAACCAAGCCAAACGCAUUCUCAUGAGCGAAUCUCUACCCACUCAACCACGAUCCCAGGAUACCCUACGAGCCUACUACGGCAACACAUCUCAAAUCUCUCCCGUGGCCGCUGCCACCGCCCUCUUCGGGGCUACCUUCUCAUCCCUUCCCAUACGCCAUAAAGUCAUCGCUGUCAAACACUUCCAGGACACAAACAUGGCUGAAAUCUUUUUGCAUACUGACGCAGACGUGAGGGAAGAACUGGUCAACCAGUGGGUCAGAGAUGCAGAAAUCGAGCGCCUUGGAAGACUUGGCGGGACAAGGCGCUGA